AUGGACCUGGACCUGGACCUGGAUAUGGGCCUCCAGAAGGGCACGGGCAUUUGCAUCAUGAGCACGGGCAUGGGCAUGGGCAUGGGCAUGGACGUGGUCGAGGACGGGGCCUUAUGCGCGGACGUGGGCGUGGUCGUGGACACUGAGGAUAAGUUGAAAUUUCUUGAUCCAGUUGACUAG